AAAUCCUCCCCUUAUAAUUAACUUGUUUCAGUUUGUUGUAUAGAUCCCAGUUUUGACAACUAAAGUUUAGUGGCAGUCUACUGCGGGAGCUGGAUUACUGUGGACUGGAUCAGGUUCUGGUACACUAGCGUGGAUGGGAAGCUAAUCCCCUUUCUAUACAAAGCACACAAUGGAGGAGUCUUUUAUAGUGCCAACUUCUAUAACGGACAUGACAUCAGCUGAUUUCUCUAAAGUUCUCUUCACUGGUGUGCAGAGAUCGUAUUCCCCGGGGACACCUGUCAGCUGUUUUUACACUUUGACAAAUGGUAUCAUACCGAAUAAAAAGGACUGGAUUGGAAUUUACAAGGUUGGAUGGAAGACUGUACGGGACUAUUACACUUUUUUGUGGUCCCCCAUGCCAGAUACUGAUGGACAGGAGCAGCAGAUUUUAUUUCAAGCCUACUACCUGCCUAAGGAGGAUGGUGAGUUCUAUCAGUUCUGCUACGUUGAUAACCAAGGCGUUGUACGGGGAGCCAGCACUCCCUUUCGAUUUCAGAACAUCUCAGAGCAAGAAACAUGUGAUGACGAUAUCCUCGUUGUGACCACUCAGGACAAGGUGGAAACCUUUGAGAAGGAGAAGGAAGCGCUUGAGAAGGAGAAGGAAGAGCUGUCAUGUCAGGUUACGGAGCUGAAGGAAUGUUGCAAAGAGCUCGAGGAGAAGAAGCACGCAGCGCAGGUGGAAAACAGUCAAUUGAUUGAAGACUUGAAACAUGUGAGACAAGAGUUAGAUGAAGCAAAACAAACAUUGAGUUCAGCUGCAGCUGAGCUUAAUAAGAAGGUAGCUGCUCUGGAGGAAAAGACGACUAAACAGAGUCAAGAAAAUGAGUCACUGAGGAAGACUCUGGGAGAGCAUCAGUUAACGCUGAACAAUACUUUGACGGAGAAGAAGAAGCUGGAAGAAGACAUGGAGUGUCUGAAAACGAAGAUCGCUGUUGGUGUAACAGAAAUCAAGAGGCUGACAGAGGAAAACCAGAAGCUAGAAGAGGACAAAAAAAAAAGUAACAGUUCCUGUAAACAAGCCAAGUCUGAAUUAGAUCUUCUACAGGCUGAAACUGAAUUGUUGAAGCGUGAUAUACAAAAACUUCAGAGUGAGAUUCAUAACAAUCAAAAGAAUGAGAACGAACUGAAACAAACAAAAGAACAGGUCCAGCGUUUGCAGGAAGACUUGUCUAAAGCAGACAGAACUGCCCAGCUACAGGAGCUUCAUGCUAAAAUAGAAAAGCUGCAACAGCUGCUAAAAGAGGCAGAUAUGCGGGAAUCACAGUUAAAGUCUGACUUGAGGACUGAAAGAGAUAAACUGAAGAGUACCGAGAUGGAGUAUCGUAACAAGGAGACACUGCUUGCAAACUGGAAAAAUAAGUUUCAGAAGCUGGAAUUACAACAUUCCAAGUGUGAGCUAAAGAUAGCAGAGGUCACUGAAGCCUGUCAGCAUGCUGCAAGAGUCGCAGACCUUCGGGAAAUGGAAAAAAAGGAGUCUGAAGAUUUUAUCACGAGGCUUCAAGCAAAGAUAACGGAUCUUGAAAAGCAACUUUCAAGGCGGCAUCAAAGUCCAGUAACCUCGUUAACACCAUCUGCAGGACCACUGACUUCAGUACCCCACAGUCAGUUUGACGCUGCUGCCCAAGUUCCUGUGAGCUCUUUAGCUGCAUCAGAUCUCCUGUUCAACAAUCCCUAUUCUCCAGUGUCCGGAGCAGCUGCUGCAGCUGACCUGGUUGAAGAGACCAGCCUUUGCCCAAUAUGUGCUGUAAACUUUCCACACUUGGCUGAAUUCGAAUUUCACCAGCAUGUUCAAAGCCACAUGCGAGACUGCCCCUACUGCAAUAGGGAGUUCACAGAGGAUGAGGAAGAUUUAUUCCUUCAGCAUGUCUACAGCCAUGACCAAUGAGACACAGUUAUACAGAAGACACCAGCAAUGUCGUUCAUACUUUGCUUUACAUUUAACCUGCUCUAGAGAUAAUGCUGUUUGAUUAGCCAGCCCAGUCUGGUGACUGAUUUUAUACCUUGUCUUAAACUUUACAAAGCAUAACAAAGCUGUUACUGUUUUGACUUAAGCAACUGUGUAGCUGCAAAGCUGAUGCAGCAGAUGCUUUGUCUGUUUGUGUGUUUGUGUGUGUGUUUGUAGAAGCCUCUAUCACUUGCACUUUAGAUUCUGAACUCGUUGCAGCACCAAGCAGCUUGCCUGCAUGCUUAACUCUCAGGUUCAUAUGCACAGUUGUUCUAGGCUGCUAAUUUUGAACCUGUU